UCAAGGGCGACAACUUUCAGCUCCAAGUUUGUUUAAUUUUUUUUUUCAAAAUUAGGGUUUGGCAAUCAAAGUGCUUCUCCUCUCUCACAUAUUCAAUUUGUUUUUAUUUUUUAUUUUUUUUUCUAAAAGUUUUAAUUUAUAUUUCUUGGGAAUUUAGUCAUUCAAUUGAGGCGAGGUUAGGUUUAUUCUACCAAAAAUAUAUAUAAUACCGAGGUGAGGAGGAGACACAGGAAUGCUGAUCCCUGGGAGGAUCAUUUGGAAAUUCGGAAAUUUAAGGGCUUAUUUCUUAUGAUUCAGUUAUGGACUUGGAACCCGGAAGCAGCAGAAAUAGUAAGCGUUCGGAAAGAGUUGUUGAUGGAAGUGGAGGCAGUAAGCGUUCGGAAAGACCAAAGGUUCGUGAUGGGAGUGAUGACAGUAGCCAUUUAACAAGACGUCCAGAGGCCACUGCUAAUGAAGGUGGUCGUGUCCCGACCAGAAAGCUAGUCUCCAUAUCCUCUUUGUCAUCUUUGGCAUCAGACUCGUCAUUGGAAGAUCUCUUCCAAGUGGAUACAAACAGAACUACCACUUCAACACAUGCUUCUUCUCUCCCUCAACAUCAUGACUCUAGCUCUGUAGGUCCUGCAUCAACGUCCCGAGCUUCUGAUGUCACCCAUGGGUCCAUGGUGCCCGGUUUGUCACCAACAGAAUCCCCUUCAAUCCAAAUGAUGGAUCGGUGUGGAGGAGGAUAUGAUCCUUACAGGAUCCCGUCUUCUGUGUUUUCAAGAAGUAAAUCCAACAAAGAAUUGGAAUGGAGUGUUGCAUCAAAUGAGUCGCUUUUUAGCAUUCAUUUAGGAAACAAUAGCUUUUCAAGAGACCACAUACUUUUGCUCGGUGAUUUGGUUAAGUCUGGGGAACUGAACAAAUCAGGCGAGUUGUUUGCACUCAAUCCGGCCCCUCAUGUUCCAGUGGUAGAAAUUGAAAGCGAUAGGAUUGAAGAAGUAAGGAUUGAAGAAGUGAAGAUUGAAGAAGUGAGGAUUGAAGAAGUGAGGGAAUCUGGAGUUGGAGUGGCAGAUGAGACCAUUAAGAACACUGCAAGAGCAAAUGCUGAAGAUCAUAGCGAGGGAAGGGUGCCUGCACCAACUGGACCCGUAAAAUCCCCUACCCUCUCUCGCCGUUCUGAUGCGAGUGGAACUAGCACACGCUCUUUUGCCUUCCCAAUAACAAAGAAGCGUGCGUGGCCAUUGCGCUGCUGUUCUAACUGUAGCCGGGCGUUCUGCUAUGUUACAUGGCCAAGCUGCUAUUGUUCGAACUGCAGCUGGGCGUUCUGCUAUUCUUGGAACCGUUUCCAAAAGAGAGUGUGUUGUGUUUCUUCAACCAUAUUGUCAGAUGGGAUGACAGAUAGGAUGAAAAGUUCCGUGAAGGUUACACAAUUUGCCGAAGAGCAGUGCCUGGAGCCGGAGCCGCAGCGGCCGCCACCACCAGUCCUCUUACCGCCUAAAAAAGUGACCAAAUCAAAAGCCUCCUAUUGGCUUUGUUGCUUUUCUUGGUGCAAGUGGGGUUGUUCUUGUCGCCGGCGUCGAUGUCGAUGUUUUUCUUGUUGUUGCUGUUGUUGAGAAAUGUAAGCGCUAUGGAUUAUGUAAGCCUCCUCCUUGUCCAUAUAAUGAUUUCCUAACCUUCCCUUCA